CCAUAGGGAUCUAAAACCUGGAGUAUGUAUGAUAUAAACACUACAUAGCUGUGCGUUAACAUUACUAGAACAUUCUUGUGAAAUCUAGGCCGCCGGGCGAGAAAUGGUGGAUAGUACUUGCUGAUUUCGGUAUCAGUAAACGAGCGGACGAAGGUAAUGGACCUCCAACUACAAUCAAAGGCACAGAGGGGUUUAUGGCGCCAGAGCUAGUCGGGUUUGGCAACCGAUGCCUUAAGGACAUCACUGGGUUCAAAGCAGCAGAUAUGUGGGCGUUAGGGGAGAUCGCUUUUCAAAUGCUGACUGGCAAGCCCACAUUCUCCUCGCAAUGUGAGCUGUUCGAAUACUGUAAAGGAGAGCAGAAAUUUCCAUCAGACCGGCUCCCGUCAUCCACCGGAGACGAAGGUAGGGGAUUCAUAAGCCGUCUCAUGGCAGUUUAUCCGAAUGAUCGAAUGAGUACAAGCCAAUGUUUUGAUCAUGGUUGGAUGGUGUCGCAAGGCAUGAACAUCGAAGACGAGCUUGUUGGCCUGGACAUGAGCCAAACGAAUGAGCCUUUAACUAUCCAACCAGAUAUCACGCAGGGUGCUUCAGCUAGCUGGAGGACAAUCUCCUCAAAUGCUGAAUCAAAGUUCAGGCAGACAAUCCGGCGGAGACCAGUGAAAUCUUCGGGCUCGUACCAGGAAAUGCUAAAUCAGUCUCAGGUUGAAGAGAGAUACAAAGAUUCAUCACUGCUCCAGAAUCCGAAGAAACGGUUCGACGCUCAAACGACGCUGCAGGGCCAUGGAGAUGCGGUCAGCGCCCUGGCCUUCUCGCCGGACGGCAAGACGCUGGCGUCGGCGUCGUACGACCACACCGUCCGGCUGUGGGACGGCCGGUCGGGAGCGCCGCUGCAGACGCUGCGGGGCCAUGAAGGUUUGGUCGACGCCCUGGCCUUCUCGCCGGACGGCAAGACGCUGGCGCCGGCGUCAUGCGACCACACCGUCCGGCUGUGGGACGGCCGGUCGGGAGCGCCGCUGCAGACGCUGCGGGGCCAUGGAAAUUGGGUCCGCGCCCUGGCCUUCUCGCCGGACGGCAAGACGCUGGCGUCGGCGUCGUACGACCACACCGUCCGGCUGUGGGACGGCCGGUCGGGAGCGCCGCUGCAGACGCUGCGGGGCCAUGGAGGUGCGGUCGACGCCCUGGCCUUCUCGCCGGACGGCAAGACGCUGGCGUCGGCGUCGUACGACCACACCGUCCGGCUGUGGGACGGCCGGUCGGGAGCGCCGCUGCAGACGCUGCGGGGCCAUGGGGGUUUGGUCCGCGCCCUGGCCUUCUCGCCGGACGGCAAGACGCUGGCGUCGGCGUCGUACGACCACACCGUCCGGCUGUGGGACGGCCGGUCGGGAGCGCCGCUGCAGACGCUGCGGGGCCAUGGACAUUGGGUCCGCGCCCUGGCCUUCUCGCCGGACGGCAAGACGCUGGCGUCGGCGUCAUGCGACCACACCGUCCGGCUGUGGGACGGCCGGUCGGGAGCGCCGCUGCAGACGCUGCGGGGCCAUGGAGGUGCGGUCGACGCCCUGGCCUUCUCGCCGGACGGCAAGACGCUGGCGUCGGCGUCGUACGACCACACCGUCCGGCUGUGGGACGGCCGGUCGGGAGCGCCGCUGCAGACGCUGCGGGGCCAUGGAGGUGCGGUCGACGCCCUGGCCUUCUCGCCGGACGGCAAGACGCUGGCGUCGGCGUCGUACGACCACACCGUCCGGCUGUGGACAUAACUGAGAUUCAAAACCCCAUCUCGCCCACGCUUAUCAUUAUUAUCUUAGGCUUUUGUAUUUGUUCACAAAAGCUGAAUACUUUGAAUAUCUACAGUAUUUCAUUUUCCAAUCUCUUUGCAACGGAGGGUUCCAGGGAAGGAGGUAAACAUAUACCAUAAGAUAGAAUUGAAGAAUUU